AAACAAUAGCCCUGUAUUCAGCUCCAAUAUCACAUUCUCCCAAUCUUCUCUUCUUUCUCUUCAUUCAGCAAACAUGGCUUCUUAUGCGCAGCCUAAUCCUCAAGCCUACCCCGCGCCACCAACAUCAUACCCUCCACAAGGACAGAUGCCCUAUUCUGCACCUCCUCCGGUAGGGUACCCUACAGCCGACACUGCUGCUUACCCUCAGCAGGCUCCAGCCAACACCAAGAAUCGUGGCGAAGAUGAUGGCUUCUGGAAAGGAUGUUGUGCUGCUCUGUGUUGCUGCUGCGUGCUGGAGACCUGCUUCUGAGAGUGGAGUGGAUCUUGCUG